CUGCAGCAUCAUCACCCCAUCACGACCAUCGCUGUCGCCACCAUCCGCAACCGCUGGGCCCUGCUUACGCGUUGCAAUUUGAGCCAUCGUCAGGAGCAGUCGUGGUCAGACCACUGCUGCUCCUGACGAAGGCCUCCGCUAAGCCUGCCCCGCGAGCUCUCACGAAUCCUGCGAUAUUAUUGUAAAUCAACCUUAUCAGCAGUACAGUAGCUCCAUCUCCCUUGACAAACACGAAAGUAUUUCAUCGCUCCGUCUCCACGGUCGAGAAGGAAGAGAAAGACUCUGGGCGAAUGAACGAUGGAGGUCCUAGCCCUGGCGGGGCUGGCAGGGAGCGGACUUGGCUUGAGCUCGCUAGCUCCGAGCCUCAGCGCCCAGCGUGUACUCGCGCCCAUCUCCGCCCAGCUCGUCCACCUCGCUCUGCUAUGCGACUCGGCCCUCCACCACGAACAACAUCAUCAUCAUCGCCACCAUCAUCAUCCUCAUCCUUGCCCUAGCCAUCCACGCCAAAGCCAUCAACACGAGCGGCAACAGUGUCACCGCUGCGAUGUCCUUCUCAACCUGGAGCCACAGGCACAAGCGCUUGCGGAGGCAGCGGAGGCGCUGGCUGUCUCCAGCAGGAGGCUGUCGGCGGAGAGCGAGGAUGAGACGACGCGAAGGGAGAUGCCGGCCGCCGCGGAGCGGUUGCUGGUGGCCGGGCACUCCGUGCUCCUUGCCGCCCUUGACCUGCGGGUGGAGCGGCGGCGCCGGCGCCGCGUCGCCGUUGGCCGUCUGCUGUCGUCGGCCGCGGCGCUCGUGGCAGCCAUGCUCGAGGUGCUGACGAUCUCGGACGACACUGAGGUGCGCAGGGUGGAGCGAGCCGCCGAGUGGCUGCACGAGCGAGCGUCGGCCCUGGGCUCGGUGCAGUCGGCCGCGGAGUUUGCGACGGAGGCGCGCGGCUUCUCCGAGUCGCUGCUGCUGCUCACGGCGCUCGGCGAAUCCCGGGCGGCCGAGAUGCAGGCCGGGGGGCGCCGGCGCCGCCGCCUGGACCGCGCCCUCCAAACGACCCGCCGCUGCGUGCCGCUCAUCCACACGGCCGUGCGCACCAGCCUCGAGUGCCCGGGCAGCGAGCGGGCGGCCGCGGGCAGGGACCGUGCCGUGCGCAGGUUUUCCCGUGCCGUCUCCGGCGUUGCGGCCGCUGCCCUGAAAGGACGGCGGCGGAGGAGCGAGGGCGGUGACGGAGAGGUCAUCCCCGCGGACGAGGGGUCACCGCGCGACACGACGGGGGCCUUCGCCGACAACAUCUCUCGUCUUGUCGCCAUGCUGCGUCGGAUGAACCCCGGCGCGAAGCAGGAGGAGGAGCAGGAGAACGCCAGCGAGCAAACGGUAACACUGGACUGUCUGGUGGAGGCCGUGGCGGCCCAUGCCGUGACAGUGAUGGGCGAGACCGAGCACGAGGGUACGCGCAGGAGGCUUUCCGAGACGUGCCAGCGGCUCCUGCAGUGCCGCAGCCGCCUCGCAGCCCAGUUGCGAGCUCCGGGAACCGACGCAGAAUCGGCACGGGCGCCAGCUGUGAGCGGGAGCUUCUCACGUGAGCGCGAGCAGAUGCUGCGGGAGGCGGCGGCACUGCGGCGCGUCGUCACGCUCGCCGUCACGGAGCGCGUGGCGGACGCCUUCACCGAGACCACCGAGCCGCUGGAGCGGCUGCUGAGGGCGUGGGGCGAUCGCGACGGGGGGGACGAGGGCGGCCGCGAUGACGGCGCUCUCGGCCCGCUCGCCGACGCGUUCCUUGCCCACGCCGACGGCAUGGUGCGCGGCGCUGUUCUCGCUCACGCGUCCUGCGGCGACGCCCGGCGUGCGCUCGCCCUGUGUAACCGCGCGGCGCUCGCUCGCAGGCUCGCGUCAGCGGCGCGCAGAGAGCUCGCGGCCGUUGGCGUUCGGGCGCUGGCGCAGAGCGGACUCCGCCAGGAGUGGCACCGGGAAGUGGACGCCCUCCUCGCCAGCCUUUGCCGCGCCGUGGACGUGCGCGGCCUGGCCGACGCCGUCAACGCUUCGCUUGGCCGCUUCGCUCACCGCUUCGAGGACGCUGUCCGGGGAGGCGGUGGGAGCCGGGACGUCGCUGAUACGGCACGCGCCAUGGCGGGGCGAGCCAAGCUCAUGGCUCGUGCCGCCAGGUACUUCGUGAGCAACCACGAUGAUCCGCUCUUUCGCAACGGACUCCUGGCUCUGGUCGGACCGCUGGAGAGCUGCACAACGCUGUUCGCUUUUGAGGUCAACCGACACCUCCGAGCCACUGAGAGUGGGGAUGGCAGAGAACGUGGGGAGGGUGGUGAUGGAGACCUUUCAUGCUCAAAUGAGAGCCUUGUAGAGGUGGUGACCGCCUUGCUUGAGAGGUCCCAGCAGCUGGUCGGCCACGCUGGCCGGGUGCGGGAGGGUCUGUCCGGGUCCGCUUGCCAUCCAGAUCUGCUCAGCCCGCUCCGGGAGAACCUGCGGAACGAGGGACUGGAUGAGCUCACCGAGAUCCCAGAUGUGGUGGACGUUGCCAGCAGGAGGGCAGCGAUGAUGACCCGUGAGCAUUCGACUGCCGCCCAGCAUGCCUGUGAUCCGGUACAGGAUAAGCGUGCGUGCUGCGGUGUGGCAAUUGCCGCUGGUGGCCAUGAGGAUGACUGCCAAACAACUCGAAGCCGAUUCGACGACCUCUCCUUGCUGCCAGCAUUUUCGGCAGUUGUUCGCGCAGCCGGAUUGGCCCACUCGGACGAAGCCAUUAGAGGCUCGGAGAGGCGUGUGCGUACGCUGGUGGAUGGCUAUGGAGAGGCGGUCACAAAGGCCAAGCUCGGCGACCCCCGAUGUGGCGAGGACUCCACUUGGAGCGACAUCGACGGCCGAAUCUCCGAGCUGCGGGAGAUGACGUCGAGGCUGCUGGAGGAGGCAGGCCGGAUCCGGGACAGCGGGCAAGGCGACGCGUACGGCGCUGCGUCGAUAGCGCUCGCCGUGCAGUGCAGCGACGGCAUCCGCGAGCUGCAGGAGCUGCUGUCGCGCCGCCUGCAGCCGUGGCUGCGCCUCGCGCGGGAGGCGUCGGACGCGGCGGUGACCAUGGACGAGCCGAGCCCGAUCGCGGCCGUUCGAGAUGUUGCGGCCUCCCUCGCCGCGUCUGCCGCGCUCCUGCAGAAGGGUGGCGGCGACCGGUCGAGCGGCCUGAGAGUGGCGAAGGAGAGGCGCACGGGACAGGUGGAGCGGGCGACUCUCGCGAGCCCAGAGCCACACCUGGACCUAGCGCUUCUCGCUGUUGAAGAAGCCACAAGGGGCCUCGUCGAGCGCGGCAGCGGCGACCGAGCGGAGCGCGGCUCCGGCGACGCCGAUGAGCGGUGCGAGGCGGCGGUUGGGAAGUGCCUGGCGUGGGCCGCGUGCGUGACCUCGACGCUCGGUGUGCUGCGGCGUCGCACCUGCGUUGGCGGCGGUGCCACCGCGGGGCUGACGGGUGGCGUCGUGAGGGCCGUGCGGGAGGGAGACCGCCCGGCGCUGGGUGUGGAGACGCGGGCGCUCCUGGAGACGUGCGAGCGCUUGAAGGAAACCGCGGGAUUGGCGGCGCAUGCCCAAACGACGGCACGAAGCAACGGUGGUCACGGCAACAGUGACAACAGCAGCAGCGAUCAUCACCACAGCCUAACAUCACUCACGCUUGACGAGGUGGCACUCAUGAGCAGCGUGGGUGACUCGGCGUGCGAGCUGGCUCGGGAGUUGGUGGAGUCGGCGGGGCUCUUGCUCGCCCGCGCCGCUUCGCCCGGAGGGUGGGCAAUGGCUCGGCUCGCGGCACGCGUCGAGCUGCUGAGCACCGAGGUGGAGGCCAGGGCCCACAUCCUAUCCGUUCUCAUCGACCGGGCGACGGCAUCGUCCGCAAGGGCCCUCCUGGUGACACUCGGACUCGAGGAGGAGGAGGAGGAGGAGGAAAAUGAGGGGAAGGACGAGAAGUCGGGAAAGGAGGUUGCUGAAGUCGUGAGUCGCACCUGGCUGGAAGAGCAACUCUCAGAAGUGGAGGCGGCCGUGAGAGCAGCGGUGACCCAGCGGCCGAGCGACGAUCACCUCAGGGCGGCGGUGGAGUCCGCGUGCCGCAGCCUGCGGUGGUCGGCCGCGCAGAUCGACCUCGCGCUCGCAUCGCGGCGCCAGCCCGAAGUCGGGUUCUCGGCGGACGCGGCCGCCCAGGCGCAGCGUGGGGGCGAGCUGCGGGACGAGCUGCAGCUGGCGGCGUGGGCGUGGGGCGCGGCGAGCGGGAGCAUCGCCGCCGCUCUCUCCGCGCACCUCGGCCCCGAAUCCCCCACCGUCCGGGAUGUUGCUCGUCGCCUGCGGCUGGAGCCUGUGCAGGAGAACGCGUCGGCACGGGAGAAGGUGGAUGAGGAGGAAGAGGAGAAGGAGACCCGAACCGGGGUUCCAUCCGUGUCCUCGCCAAGCGCGGCGAAGGAGGCAAAGCGGCUGGGGAGUAGCGUGCCCGAGUCACCGGCUGCGGCCGCAAGGAGGGCGUUCUUUGCCGAGAUGCGGCAGGCGGGGAGAGCCGGGUGCGCGGCGCAGGUGUCGGAACCCGCGGCCGUCGAUCGUCCCCGCGUCCCAGAGGCGCCGCCUCUCCCCGCUGAGAAAGCGGCGUCCGUCUGUGGCGGAGGUGCAGCACCGUCGCCCAGCACGCACGUCAGACGCAUCGAGCCCCGGCCGUGCCCGCUCGCCCCGUGGGAUGGCAGAGCCGUGCCCGAUGUGGCACGGGUGGCACAGGACAUGGCGUCCCGCGUGCAGGACAUGGCGCUGUUCCUGCGGCGCAGGGGCCCCAUCAAGAGCCGCGAGGGACUGAUUGCGUGCGCCCGCUCGCUGGCCGUGGAUGCCCGCACGUUGGAGAGGUUCGGCGGCUCCCUGGCGGGACUGUGCGCCGAGCAGCGCUGCUCGCGCGAGCUGCUCUCCCACUCGCAGCGCGUCCUCGCCGCAGGCACUCAGAUCGCCAUCCUCGCCAGGGUGAAGGAGGCGGUCCCGCGGGACCGGGCCGCGGACGAGGCCCUCGUGCACAACGCACGGACGCUCGCGGAGGAGGCAGCGCGCGUGCUGCGGGCCGCCGAGGCUGCGAGUGUCACGGGCCUACGGGACGCUCCACCAGGAACUCCGGCGGCCGAGGCUACGGCGCUGGUGGCUCGCUGGCGGGAGAGACUACGGCAACAUCGUCGUCUGCAGGCUUUGUCCGGGCCAGGCCACUUGGAUAGCAGCCUGGGUUUGCGCAGAGCCCCGGAGCCCGGCUCGGAGCCCAGCCUGGUUCGGGGCCUCCUGCCCACGUCACACGCGACACUGCCCCAUCAGGCCUGGGCAGGUGUCAUCUGCAGAGACUGAAAUCAAACCGCAUGGGGCAGCGAAAAUGUGUUGUUUUGUCCGAAAUACCAGGCUAAUUCUGGUGGGGGUGAGGUUAAGUGGGUGUCCCCACCCAUGCAAACCAAAUUUGGCCCAUUUACAUCUUGUAAUUUAAUAUCGCUUUUCUAUAAUACAAAAGGUAAAAGUAAAUUUUAGAAUGCACAAUCCAAUGCUACAUUUGCUGCAGAGUACAGUAUUACAUUCGGAGUGCUUGGUGAGUGAUGAUUCUGCGGAGCAGCGACUGAGCCAGCAUCGCUGCUGCACGCCCUGUGCUGGCGUCGAGUGUCAAGUGGUUGAAUCUGCACGUCUCUUCCCACUACAAAAUAUAAUUUUCACGGGAACGAAAUUUCACAUGCCGCGAGAUCAAAAAAAUAUUCAGCACCCGGGGGGGGGGGGGAUUCAUCAUCCAUCCACGACAGCGUCACAGUAUCCCUGCAGUGCAACAAGAACGCCUCCACAGCACCUUUCGAGUCAUUCUAACAUGCACAUCUGAAAAGGUCAAUUAUGUUUUAAAUGUAUUAUUCAAUCGUUUCAAUGUUACUUUUGUACUGUGUUGUGAAAAGUGAUAUAGGUGUAUCAUUUUUGGGUUAGGAGUAGAGUUGCACCGAAUUCAGAACUGAAUGCAGAAUUUAGUUCCGAAAGAAGCUCCCAUUGAGAGACAAAUUUGUCUUCGAGGUUUUCCCCAGGCCGGACCCCACAGCGAUGGGAUUGGCAGAGGUUGAAUUGAGAACCUGGAAAAUUAAACGAUUGCAAAAACAGCAGCAUCAGCUGCCUUGAUUGAGCUCAACACACCCCGAAGGCGUUUUUUUUUUACAAAAAUCAACACCAGGUAUUGCAGAUGCCCAUUGUAUUGUAUAUGCAUUCAUUAAUACCCCCCCACGUGAAGGGCUCACAAGUGACGUCAUUACGUCUAUCCAUCUAAGGAACGAAACAUGAGGCUUUCUCCACAAAUCUGGCUGUCCGCCUGAUGCUAGUUGUAAUGGUGAAACUUUGUACUCGGAUUGUAAAUGGUGUGGAUUUACUCUCCAACACACCGGUGUGCUGCACUAGUAACGAAUUGGCACGUUCUGUUUACGUGACAAACCUUACUAAUUGGCUGUGUUGGGUGGUGGCGGGUUUAACGACACAUUUCUAUAUUUAUGCAAUCUAACAAAAACCUAUAUUAUGGAGCGAGAGCAGAGAUAAUAUUUUAUUGUGUCGUUUGCUCAUUUUAAACAACAAAAAACAGCCCUGCUCAGAAAAUUACAUAAACUUUAAAGUUUCCACAUAUGCUGACAUUUUUAUAAAAAAAAAAAAGCGCAUCACAUCCAGGCGUAAAGUAGAAGACGGUUUUCAAGCACCACAAAAGUCGGCACUUGGCUCAGAUUCAUAUUUACUCUGCCAAGUGUGACCGUUUACACACACACAACUCUCAAAAGUCAACACGUAAGCCUCUCGCCUUUCAUUCAUUGCGAUGCUAAUUGGUAAAUACAAUGACUUUUGCUCAUGUACAAGCCAGGUUUUCUUCAAAAAAAGCACAAUUUGUUAAGCGUUAAAGUUAACAGUAAUAAAAAGAUACCUGUGUCAACUCUAUGAAA